AUGGGCAGGAAGAACAGAACCAGACAAAGAGGCUGGGGAGCUGGAUACUCUGAGAUCAUCAAGGAAAACAAACUCUUUGAGCAUUACUACACGGAGCUGAAGAUUGUUCCCGAGGGAGAGUUUGAGGAGUUCAUGGAGACCAUGAGGGAGCCACUGCCAGCUACAAUCCGCAUCACUGGAUACAAGAGAUACUUCAAAGAGGUUCAAGAUCUUGAGGUGGAUGGGCAGAAGCUCGAGGCUCCUCAGCCCUUAAGUUGGUAUCCUGAUGAACUGGCAUGGCACACUAACCUGAGCAGAAAGAUUCUGCGCAAAUCUCCACUCCUGGAGAAAUUCCACCAGUUCUUGGUCAGCGAAACGGAAUCGGGGAAUAUUAGCAGACAGGAGGCAGUCAGUAUGAUUCCUCCUCUUCUACUGAAAAUUGAGCCUCAACAUAAGAUUCUGGACAUGUGUGCAGCUCCAGGAUCGAAGACUGCUCAACUAAUCGAGAUGCUACACUCUGACAUGGACGUGCCUUUCCCUGAGGGUUUUGUAAUUGCCAAUGAUAUCAGGAUCGCAGUGCGAGGAGUGGAGCAGCUGGCAGUAGGGGGCAGGAUGGUGUACUCCACCUGCUCUCUGAACCCCAUCGAGGAUGAAGCCGUCAUCGCUGCUCUGCUGGAGAAGAGUGAAGGUAUGUCUGCUGUCCUCUGGAUUCUGGCCCAUAGACACAUUUACACUGUAAUGACCAAAGAGGGUCAGUGGUUCUCUGACUGGUCAGAGGUGCCAACAAGUCGACACACUCAGAUCAGACCCACCAUGUUUCCCCCAACAGACCCAGAAAAGCUGGCCAAUAUGAAGCUGGAGAGAUGUAUGAGAAUAUUGCCCCAUCACCAGAACACUGGUGGGUUUUUUGUGGCUGUGUUGGUGAAGAAGGCGCCCAUGCCAUGGAAUCGCCGUUACCCAAAGCUUCGUAAUAAGGAGGUGAACUCCUCCAGUGAGGCGGCUCCUGCAGAGGAGCUGCAGAUGGGGGGGUCUCCCGCUGACGUCCCACCAGCAGACAGCUCAUCCGCUGACACCCCUGUGGAAUCGGUGGAGGGCGAGACUCCUGCAGAGGGAAACCCGUCUGUCCCAGAUACCCCUGACCCUUCAGAGGUCAAGACAGAUAAUGUCUGUGGCCCCCCUCCUCCAAAGAAGAUGAAACUCUUUGGCUUCAAAGAGGAUCCUUUUGUGUUUCUGACAGAGGAUGACCCCAUCUUCCCUCCCAUCCAAGCUUUCUACAACCUGUCUCCAGAUUUCCCCAAGCUGAACGUAUUGACUCGCACCCAUGAAGGAAAGAAGAGGCACCUGUACAUGGUGUCCAAAGAGCUCCGAAAUGUUCUGCUCAACAACAGCGAGAGAAUGAAGGUUAUAAACACGGGCGUGAAGGUCUGGUCCAGAAAUACUGAUGGAGAACAGUUUGGUUGUGCUUUCAGACUGGCUCAGGAGGGUAUUUACACGCUGUGCCCCUACAUCAGAGCCCGAAUCAUCAACAUCAGCGUGGAGGACGUGAAGGUGCUCCUCACACAGGAGAACCCCUUCCUCAGCAAGCUUGAAGAUGAUGCUCACAAUCAGGCCAAGAAACUUGAAAUGGGCAGCAUUGUUUUACGAUACCUACCAGAUCCACAGGAUCUUGAUGCUCCUCAGUGCCCUAUAGAUUUGUGCGGCUGGAGAGGAAAAACUUCCAUCAGGGCUUUCGUCCCACGUAAUGAGCGUCUUCAUUACCUCCGCAUGGUGGGGGUGGAAGUCUUCCGUGACAAACAGGGCAAGAGGAACGAUGGUUCAACAGAAACCCAGGAAGGAAGCACAAAAGAUGCCGAGGGACUGAGCCAAGAGGCGAAUCUCUUAGAACAGGAAGGUGAAGAAACAGAGCAAAACGGUUCAGAGUCCAACACUAAUGACACAGAACCUGUUAGCAGCUCUUUUGAUGGGCCUACAAGUUAGUUAUCUAAGCAGUUAGUAUGGGUCAGG